AUGACUCGAAUUCUCAAUGCGGAUGGAGUCACCAUCGCAGAUGAGCUCGAGGAUACUACCAUAGCUACACAUCCGCUUGGAGUGAAGCCUUUGGGUAACUUGUAUAUAGCGGAGAAGAACCUCAAAGCUGCGGCAGGCCAUUUUGCCGUCAUUUCCGAUGACUUACUCUUGAAAAUCCUCGAGUGGCUAGAUGUUUCGUCGCUCACAUGUGUGUCCGCCACAUGCAAAGCUUUGUAUGGGUUCGUCGAUUGCUCAGGCCUUUUUUCAGACACACUUCACCGACCAUUUCGUUGUUCACAUAUCCUGCUGUCUCAGUAUACCAAUAUCCCGGCAAAAAACGUCAUUUCACGUUUUCCCAACCUCAAUCACUCCGAAUUCGAAGAAAGCUGGACUUGUGAGCCUUUUGUUCUUACAGACCCUGUUAAGAGCUGGCCUAUUUUUGCAGAUUGGUCUAUCGAGAAGCUUGGUAACCAGUAUAAUGAGGUAAAAUUUCGGGCAGAAGCAGUAGAUUGGCCACUCGGAACAUACAUUCAAUAUAUGCGAAACAACACGGACGAGUCGCCGCUAUACCUAUUUGAUCGCUCAUUUGCGGACAAGAUGGCCCUGACGACCGGUUCCUACACGCCACCAUCUUGUUUUGGUGCUGACCUGUUCCAUAUCCUAGGAGAACAGAGACCAGAUCACAAAUGGCUCAUCAUUGGUCCGGAGCGUAGUGGCAGCACGUUCCAUAAAGAUCCAAAUGCGACGUCUGCCUGGAAUUCCGUGAUUCGUGGUUCCAAAUUUUGGAUCCUCUUUCCACCUACAACACUACCGCCAGGUGUCUUUGUGUCCGAAGAUCAGAGCGAAGUAACUAGUCCUCUGAGCAUAGCAGAAUGGUUCCUUGAAUUUCAUGCCCAAGCGCGGGAUAUACCAGGAUGCAAAGAAGGGAUCUGCAGCGCAGGCGAAGUACUACAUGUCCCAAGCGGGUGGUGGCACCUUGUGGUGAACUUAGAGGAGAGCAUAGCUGUGACUCAGAAUUUCGUGCCCGAAAGCCAUUUGAGUAAUGUGCUUGACUUCAUGAAGAAUAAAUCUGACCAAGUGUCCGGGUUCAUUGAAGCCAUACAGAGCCCUUAUAACCUAUUUGUUGAGAGAAUGAGGCAGACAUAUCCAAAGCUGCUCGUGAAGGGGCUCGAGCAAGCGCGAGGCAAUCAUGUCCCGGCAAAAAGAAUGUGGCAAGAACUUGGAGACGGUCAUGAUUUAGAGAACAAAAGACAGGACAACUUUAAUUUUGGCUUCGACGACGACGUAGACAUCACCUAA